AUGGAAAUUAGCUUGACAAUAGUUUUAUCUAUUGUGGGUAUUUUUGUGUUUAUUAUUGGUGGUUUAGCCUGCAAUUUAAUCCGAAUUAAAUGGGUACCUUCGAAAAACACAUUGAUACCAACGAGUGAACGGUCCACAUCGAUUACUGCUCUAUCAACAACAACGCCUUUUCCACAAACAAUGUUCAAUGGUGCAUGUGGUGAUUACCAACAACAACAACAAACGGUGCGAGAAAAACCUUGCCGAUUUCUAUCUCAAAUUCAUCACCAACAUUCAAAAGGUUUUUUAAUCAGUAGUAAAAAUACAGAUGAUUCAUCCAAUAAUACCACGUCUCAUUAUCAAUCUAAUUUUAUUUUGCCAACAAUAAUAAAUAAAUUGAUGAAUGUUAAAAAUACAAAUGCACCAAUACAGCUGACAAGUUCAUCGGAACUAUCGCCAUUAGCUUUAUGUCAACAAAAAAGGCAGCCAUCUGAAACUGAACAUACAAUUGUAGAUGUAUCAGACGAAGACUAUGAAUAUAAGUUGAAUUAA